CUGAAUACUGGAGGUCAUAUCUUUCUCUUAAGAAAGUAUUUUUAUAAGAAAUUAUCUAUUUUUAAGAGGAUUUAAGUGUUUGAUUUAAAUUGGGAUUGUUUGCCAGUUUUUGAGCUUUUUUGAAGAAUAUUUUGAUGAUUAAAACAAGAAGAAAUGGCAUCAAAUGGGUCGAAAAAUGUAUUUGAAGGGCUAUAUCAUUCGAGUAAAGACACUAUUGAUCAGAUUAAACAAGCUUAUUCGAGUCCGAAAGAAUGCGUUCAUAGUUACUGGUGCUUGAUUCCUAUGAUUUUUGUGAUUCUUUUUGGGAUUUUUAUUUUACUUGUUAUUUAUUAUUUUUUGAUGAAUAUUAUACGUAGCUGUUGCUGUUGUUGUUUUUUGUGUAGACCUAGUACAUAUGCUAGGUCUCAGCCUACUGUUUUAGUACAGCCGACAGUGGUUCCACAGUACCCAGUAUGGUACCCAGAAAGAAUGGAUGAUCAUCAGAGAAUGGAUAUGUAUUAUCAUUCGUUGCCAAAACAUACAGCGAAGCCUUUGCCUCAAAGAUCUCCAUGGAGAAAGAAAGAAUUGGAAAAUAAUAAGAAAAUGCAUUUAAUUUUUAAUAAAAAAAAUCCGGAGAAUUUUCAUUAUGGUGUAAAUAACUUAGAAAGUAAAGAGAAUUUUGGGGAAUUUUGGGCGGAUUUUGAGGUAGAAUCACCUAAAGAAAAUAAUGUAUUGGUGGAUAGUAGAGAGUAUCUUUCUGAGCUCUCAGUUAAUUCAAACUAUAGUUAUUAUGGUAAUUCUAAUCAAGUUUCAGAUGAAGAUUUAAAGUCCAUUUAUUAUUCAUCUAACGUUAAGUCUUAUCCUGAUACCCUUGAUAGGAUGGAGAAUAGAUCUUAUUCCCCAGAUAUUUAUAAUAAGAAUAGAUGUUAUUCUGGAAUUUGA